AUGGGAAAGUCGAAAAAACAUGAAAAACGCUCGAAGUCACCUGACUCGGUAUGCUCUCUUUCGGACUUAUAUUCCCUCAGUCUUCCGACGGUUACUUCUGGCGGCCUGAGGAAAAUUCACAACCCGCGGCGGUAACCUGCUUGGUUUAAAUGCUUAUGGGUUUUUUAGCCAGAACAAUCAACUGACGACUCAUUGGCCUUUGAUGCUCUACUGUCACGCGUGGCCACUACCAGAACAAAGAAAGAAACGCCCACUCAUGGGGUAAACAAUUUUUUCUCAGGUUUAUGUCGGAUUCCCCCAGACUGAGGAACGGACUGUGUCUGAACUGAAUCCCUACUGGGCGGACGGAGGCACCGGUCUGCCGGAAGAUGGCGCCACCACCACCACCACCAAACCCGUUCUUACAAGCGCCAACGAGAGUUGGCUGCGGCGGGCCUAUGAGAGGGCGCGGGAAGAGGCACAGUCUACCGGUCGACCAUUAAGGAGCAUCCUGCUUGGCAGGUGGGAUGAAGCGACUGUACGUGUAAUGGAAGAUGCCUUUUCGCAGCAUCGUCGCAGCAGAGACAAUCGUUCACCAAAGGACGGGUAAUUCGACUUUAUUUUUCAGUUAAAGGAUUUUCCAGCAGCUAGAAACUGCUUUCUUGUAUCACGCCAUUCAAGUUUAUUGAUGAAGCGUUAUCGCCUUUUACGGUAUGACCGCCUCUGUCGUUCACGUAUAAGAAAUUAUCAAAACUUUGGCAGGUAUUGUGCGGGCUAUUUAUCGUUUCAAACGUUUUGCUUUUUAUGCUUUUUCUCGAUUCUUCGUCCUUCUGUGGCGUUUGUCAUACAAGCGGCUGAAAAAGUCAUUAGUUGAACUACUCUUACUGGUUUCGAUGGUGUUCUUUACGCAGUUGACUGUUAAGUUGGGGAUCCUGUGUAUCGUUUGUCAUAAUUAAGCGUUCGCCUUUUCAUGAGAAGUCUCAUGAAGCAAGAGUUCGCUUCGUUGACCCCCUCGACUCCAUGUAAACUAGUGGAUUUUAUCUUCCCUGCAGUCUUAUUUAAACAUUAGAAGCUCGAUUGAGAUCCUAACUACAUCAGUGAGGGUCACGCGCCUACUUGAAAUCUAUGUGUGUGCCCACCGAUAGCGCUACGGAACUCACUCCUCCCAUUGUGCCUUGAGACUCUCUCUCUCGAGCCCCGCCAGCAGCCGCACAGCGGCGCGUAAUAUAGGCAGAAUAACAUUUCCGACAAAGACAAGGGCGACUGCAAUGGCUAUUUCUGGGUUAUUAGCCGUCGUCAGUCAGUCAUACCCAACUCUGAGGUGUGAAACACCUGAAGCUCGAUCCCGCAACCUUUUACUUGGGAGCGUUGGACUUCUAGCCAUCAAGUCUGGGGAUCGAGCCCCAGAUGUUCCAUAUCUCGUGGUUAGGUAUGACUGGCUGACGACGGCCAAUAAGACAGAAAUGGCCAUUCCGGCCUCCCUUGUCUUUGUGGGUAUCAUCUCAUCUACUUCUAUUGCCAGUUGCUGGGCGACCGUCUGCGAGGGUUCUAGUGUGAGCCUCAAGGCACAGCGGAACGAUCACAUUCCAUAACUUGAUCGGUGAGCGCCCAUCUGUCAUAAUUGGUCUUCCCGAUCACAACCGACAGGACAACAGGCUCGUGGCUCAAUUGUAGAGCGUCAAACUCGUUAUGAGGUUUUUAGUGCGGUUGAUUUUGUAUCUUCCUAUUUCCACCUAUUGGUUCGUUGUUAUUCAGCUCUUUUUAGCGGUUGACUUUGUCUGCUUUCUGUCCUUCUGUCUGUUUGGUCGACAUACUUUUGUACGGGUGUCGUCCUGGUCGUAACUAGUUGUUUUUUGAUAAUAAAGCGCGGACGUAGCCUGCGUUACCAUUUUCUUGUCUAAUCGCCUUCUUUCAAUACUUGUUCGGCAGUACAGUCAAAGAAAUUCAUCAUGCACUUAUUUUUUCUCAAAUUUAACGUGUUCAUUGAUUGGCACCUUUAUAUUAUCUGUUUUUUCCUAGCUCCCAUUAUGCAAGUAAGCCUCGUCCUCGGUGGAAACGAGAUGAAGACCGACAGUCCCACGAUCUGAUCCGACCCCGAUCCCGUGAACGCUCCCUGGAAGGGCACCGUAUUGACAGUGUUACAGCUACCACCAGCAUACCCACGAGUCAAUCACAUGAAUCUAUGUCACAAACCAUCACCAGUAGGCCCGCAGAAGCUUCAAAAGAAGUCGAGGAGCGUUUCGUAAGUGACGACGACAUAAAUGCGGCAGCUGCGAAGCUAAUGAAGGCGGAACUCAUGGGAGACAAGGUAUUUUCACGGUUUGACCUACGUUGGCCUGUUUUCCAUCCUGUACUUUGUCACACACAUGUUUUUCAGAAUGCCGUUGUCCUUUGUACGUUCCUACGUAUGUUGUCCUUUUAUCAACACCUUCUACCGUCUACUUCACAAUUUUUGUUUGUUUCAGAAAAUUACGCCCUUCUGUUCUCCCCAACCCUCGUGCUAUUUGUUCGAACCUCCAUCUUCUUUCCGUGUAAUGUGAUACUACCUUCCUGACUAUACGCUACACUUUUCUGACUGUACGCCUCGAGACAUUUGGUCGUAAGUGCAGUAUUUAAAUUUAGCUAAUCAUGCCACAUUACAGAACCGUGUUUCCGUCCAAAUCUGCUUAUUUACACCUUUUCCACGUACGAGCAGCACGCAGUGAGCUAACUCAGGCGAAUUAAUCUAGACCGGCUAUAAAACAGCUAGGUUAAACAGACUUGGUGGGAGUAAUGCGAACGGGCCAACAGACGGCCGUUGAAUAUAAUCCACAAAGUCCAUAAUCACCGUUCAACGGCUCUUGCCCGUACGUGGAAACGGUGUAAAUAAGCCAAUUUGGACGGAAACACGGUUCUGUAAUGGGGCAUGAUUAGCUAAAUUUAAAUACUGCACUUAAAACCAGAUGUCUCGAGGCGUACAGUCAGAAGAGUGUGGCGUAUAGUCAGAAAGGUAGUAUCAAAUUACGCCGGAAGAAGACGGGAGGUUCGAACAAAUAGCACGAGGGUUGUGGAGAACAGAAGGACGUAAUUUUCUGAGACAAACAAAAGUUGUGAAGUAGACGGUAAACGGUGUCGAUAAAGGACAACAUACGGGGGGACCGUACAUCCUUCACUGCGCGCGUGCCGCGCAAUCCUUACUCAUCUUGGCUUCCGAAACCAAGGCGGAUUGCCCUGACCUAUAUUACGAAAGGUAGUGUCGAGGACUUAGUGUAUGCACAGCUGUGCCCCACCAACCGGCCUCAUCGUUGUUGUGUCAGCCCAGAACUUGGACCACAUUGGCCCAUUGAAUGCGUUUGUCGCAAUGCGAUGGACGUAUGUGAGUCCUUAACCAUAGCCGUGCGUGCGCGUAGUGCAUGCUGAACGAGGAUUCAUGCUGCAUCAGCUGCUGCGCCAAACGUCAUCACCAGUUGGUCGACAGGCCAUAGUUCCAUGAGAGAGACCGAUACCGAGGCGUCUUUCCGCAUGACAAGCCAGCGCAUUCAUCACAGCAGUAAGUCAGACCAGUUUGAAACCAUUGCGACACGCUAGAAGUUGAGGCUUUGAAGAUCUCCAGCUGACGAGCUAACUCGUUCCUCCUUUGAUGCUGGGUUAAAUUGUAUUGACUCCUUUUUGCGGACCUUAUGCGACCCUCUCAUUGUAAGCGAUCCGAGACUUCUCAUUGAAUGGUGGAGGGGCGUUCACCGAUCGUUUCUACGGAACUCAGCCGUUCCGUUGUGCCUUAUGGGCUCUCUCUCGAGUCCAACCAGUAGCCGCACAGCGGCGCAUGAUAUAGGCAGAAUGGUAUUACCGAAAAAUACAAGGGAGACUGGAAUGGCCAUUUCUGGCUUAUUAGCCGUCGUCAACCAGUCAUACUCCACCCCGAAGUGUGGAACACCUGGGGCUCGAACUCGCAACCUGUUAGUUAGAAGUCCACGCCUCUAACCGCUGGGCCACGAACCCGUUGCUCUACCGGUUUCGAUCGAGAAUAUACAAUGGUUGGGUUCGAGAGAGAGCCCGUAUGGCACAGCGGAACGAGUGAGUUCCGUAAGAACGAUCGAUGAGCGCCCCUCCACCAUUGUAUAAUCCCAAUCGAAACCGACAGGACAUCGAGCCCGUGGCUCAGUGGUUAGACGCGUUGGACUUCUAACUGACAGGUCGCGAGUUCGAGCCCCAGGGGACCGUGUGUUGUGGCUCGCAUCAGCAGACUACUUCGUUUUGUCAGACAGCGCUCACACAAAUAUCCGGUCGUCUGCAGUCAAAACGCGGUUAGCACGGGAAGGGUGAAGUCGGCUAGAUGUCUCGCGAGUCCGCCUCUUCAAGGAAGUUGGCUCGCAGGCCGCCUUUGAGUCUGCCUCGUGGGGCUGUGCUAUAUACAAGACCGUCGUGCUUUGGCUAAAUAUACUGUGAUGCUUUAAGUCAUGGCUUCAUGUUACCAGGCUUUCAAGUUGGGUUGGCGUUUGGAAUUUUUAAUUUAACCCAACUGUGAAAAACUCGGUGACCUCGGCGGUAUUCGAACCUACGACAGCGAGGGGAAGGCUUGAGUACAACUAGCGCUCUAUCCACCUGAGCUGCGAGACCAAACUGAGAGCCGUGGGUUUAAUUACAUCUAAGUUUGCCUUGAAUUGUGGCACCCAUAUGACUAUCAGGUCCCUCCGUUAUGCACUUAGUCUGCAGCCAUAUGCUGUUCACAGUUUGGGCAUCGACCGCAUAUUUUAAAAAAAAACGCUGUACCCUCAGCAAAAUAUGUUGGGGUGGAUUUCAUUUCUCGCUUGGCACCAGUUAAUAUCACCUUACCUCAAUUAUUGCUUAUACGGCAGACCCUUAUCCCGUUUUUUGUAAAUAAUAGAACAAAACGGCGAAACUGAGAUCGAACUUGGAGAAGAUGCGGGAGGCGCAGCGUCGGGGCAUCAAGAUUCGUCUCACGAAAACUGUCCCGGCCAGCCAAUCCGAACGACCAUCUGACGACAAAAUUGUCCACCUGACCACUCUGAACAGAUUCGGUCAUGAAAUGCCUCUGCACCUCAGUGCGCAGUCCUCCCUGCCCGCGGCAACACGGCAAGUUCCUUCGCGUUGA